GAGCACCGGGGCGGCCCCCUGGCCCUGCAGCCCCCCGGGGUGGCCUUCCUGGGCAAGGGGCUCCCCGGGGAGCUGCCCCACGGGGACCCCGGGAAGGGGCUGGACGGGCCGGGGGAGAGGCCCCUGGUGACGUCCCCGCUGUCCCUGGUGAAGCUGGAGGAGCACCAGCGCUCCAACAUCAGCAAGUUCGAGCGGAGGCAGGCCAGGCCCCUGGACGCCGCCCUGCACCGGGGGGAGGAGGAGGGAGCAGAAUUCCAGCAGAAGUUGGAGGAGCCGCGGCCGCCCCCGCCCAGGGUGCGCCCGGUGCCGUCCCUGGUGCCGCGCCCGCCCCAGACCUCGCUCGUCAAGUUCGUGGGGAACAUCUACACCCUCAAGUGCAGGUGGGAGCCCUCCCUGAGCCACGGGGAGCCACGGGGAGACACAGGGAG